UCUGAACUUCAACUUCAACGCCACCCAAACCAAACAUCCACUUGUCUCUCACUCUGAAAUCUUCCCGCCACCAUCUCCAUCUCCAUCUAGAUAGAGAGUAUGGUGCAGUUCCACGACCACAUCAUCUCCGAUCUCCUCGAAGACCCAACCGGCGGCCUCGUCAUCCUCUCCUCCGGCCUCUCCCUCCACAAACUCAUCUCCUCCCUCCUCCUCCUCCACCACCACCCCUCCUCCUCCUCCGGCACCCUCCUCCUCCUCUCCGCCACCCCCUCCCAAAAAUCCUCCAUUCUCACCACUCUCAACCACCACCAAACCCCCAAUCUCCCCUCCGAAAUCACUUCCGACCUCCCCUCCCACCACCGCCUCUCCCUCUACUCCUCCGGCGCCGCCUUCUUCAUCACCUCCCGCAUCCUCAUCGUCGACCUCCUCACCUCCCGCCUCCCCACCUCCUCCCUCUCCGGCCUCAUCAUCCUCAACGCCCACUCCCUCUCCGACACCUCCACCGAAGCCUUCAUCGUCCGCAUCCUCCGUUCCUCCAACCCGUCUCUCUUCAUCCGCGCCUUCUCCGAUAAACCCCACGCCAUGGUCUCCGGCUUUUCCAAGCCCGAGCGGACUCUCAAGUCUUUGUAUUUGCGCAAAUUACAUCUCUGGCCGCGCUUUCAGGUCUAUGUGUCGCAGGAUUUGGAGAGGGAUCCGCCAGAGGUUGUGGAUGUUAGGGUUCCGAUGUCGUCUCAUAUGAAGGUGAUUCAGAAGGCCGUGAUUGAGGUAAUGGAUGCUUGUUUGAAGGAGAUGAGGAAGACUAAUAAGGUUGAUGUUGAGGAUUUGACGGUUCGGAAUGGGUUGUUUAAGUCGUUUGAUGAGAUUGUGAGAAGGCAAUUGGAUCCAAUUUGGCAUACUUUGGGGAAGAAAACGAGACAGCUUGUUUCGGAUUUGAAAACUCUGAGGAAGUUGUUGGAUUACCUUGUCAGGUAUGAUGCAGUGACUUAUUUGAAGUAUUUGGAUUCACUGAGAGCGUCAGAGAGUUUUCGGUCUGUUUGGAUAUUUGCAGAGUCGAGUUACAAGAUUUUUGAAUAUGCAAAGAAGCGUGUGUACCAUUUUGGGAGGCUGGAUGGUGGGAAGUUGGUUGGACAGAGUAAAAGUUCGACAACCAAAAAAAGAAAACUAAAGGAUACCAAUAAGGAGAAAGACGAUUCUCUGCCAACGCUUACAAGUGGAGUAGCUUUGGAGGAAGUCUUGGAGGAGGCACCAAAGUGGAAGGUGUUACGUGAGGUUCUUGAAGAAAUAAAAGAGAACAGAGAUAAGCAAGCUUUGUCAAGGGAAGAACCUGUGAUCGAAGGUGAAGAGGAUAAUAAUGGCAUUGUUUUAGUAGCGUGCAAAGAUGAACGCUCAUGCAUGCAGCUUGAAGAUUGCAUCAUGAAAGGCCCAAAUAAGGUCAUGCGGGAAGAGUGGGAGAAGUAUUUGCUGAGCAAAGUAGAGCUGCAUGGAUUACCAAAACGUAAUAAAAAUAAAAAGAAAGGAAAAGACCCUAAAGGUUUUGGGAUACUUGAUGGAGUUAUUCCAACAACACCUGGACAAAAAGCAGAAGCUAGUAGCAUAAGCAAGCAGGAAAAUGAUGCGCUGCUGGCAGCAGCUGCAGAAAUAAUAAAACACGCUAAAAAGGAUAUUGUUGUUGAAGAUGACCCUCAAUCUUGUGUAGGAAGUGGAGGACGUGCAAAAGGAAAGGGAAAAGGAAAGCAAAGAAAAACCUCUGGAAGUGUUCAGGUUUCCAUGAAUGGGGAUGAUAAAAGUGGCAAUGGGGCAGCAAUGAAUGAUAAAAGUGAGAUGUUUGCUUCUGAAAAUGGAGGCCAAAUAAAUAAAACUGAUCCAGUGGUUGAGGGUGGUUUCCAUGAAAGUGCUCCCAAAGUUGCUUCUUCAGACAUAGCUGUCCUUCAAAAGCCUGCUCAAGGAGUUGAUGCUACAUCAUUUGAAAAUGCCAAGCGGUUCCCACCAGUGCACUUUUAUGCCCUAGAAAGUGACCAGCAUAUACUUGACAUUUUAAAGCCUUCUACGAUUAUUAUGUACCAUCCUGACAUGGCCUUUGUCAGGGAAAUUGAAAUCUACAAAGCUGAAAAUCCCACAAUAAAGUUGAAAGUAUAUUUUCUCUUCUAUGAGGAUUCUACUGAGGUGCAAAAAUUUGAGGCAAGCAUACACAGGGAAAAUGGUGCAUUUCAAUCCUUGAUUAGGCAGAAAUCAUUGAUGAUGAUUCCAGUUGAUCAGGUUAGAUCUUCUGUGCUUUCCAUUCUUCCUUAAUUUAAAUAAUAUGCUCUGAAAUUUAUUAGCUAUUAAUAUAUUACUUUUUUAUUUAUUCACUUUUUGGCCUGUUAGUGUUCAACUGUGAUAUGGUGCUUGUCUCCAUAAUUCAAAUGAUAUAUAAAUGUAAUUGUUGUUAAUUUGCUUAGACAGCAAAUUAUAUUAAAAUUUUAAUUGUUCUUUGACAUAUUGUAAACUGGGAGUGUAAGUUUGUUUAUACUCCUGUUCGCCAUCAUUUUUUUCUCUUUCCAUUUGCGGUCAUUGUUGAUUUUGAUAAAGUGCUCUUGUGAUUUUAAUAAAUUUAUCUGCACCUUGUAAAUUAAUGGUAAAUGUUUUGAUGUGAUGCGAUUCAUAUGCUUAUACCAAUGGAUUAGGUUGGUUCAUUUCCCUAUCCUCUGUUUAUUGCUAGAAUGCUUAUCAGGAUAAUGACAAGAAAUGACAUUAACAACCACUGUGAAUCUCCAUAACCAAAGUCUUUUUGUUGAUCCUGGUGUAGUCAGCCCAGAUCCUCUGUAACUAUACCUUCUGAUAUAUAUAUGGAUAUGCUGUGUUUUAUUGUGGUUGUGCUAUUCUACAAGUAGUCUUCUUAUCUUCUUAACACGACAAGUGGGAGUGACCGAUUUAAGUUUCUGACACGAGUCUUGAAGUACUCUUAAACUAGCCUCAUACAUCAUUGUAACAAAAUAAUCCUUCGUCCAAAUUACGUGGGGAAACAAAACAAAAUCUGAGGCAUACAGAUUACCAGUGGCCCGCAUUCUGCAGUUUGAAUUUGUACUGCUAGCAAAUAAUUUCAUUUAUUUAUACGGUUGUAGCAUAUAAUGGUUAGUGUUUGAAUAAUGUAUAGAGAGGUAGAAUAGAUUGUAUGUAUUCAUAUGGUUAGGGGCUCCUUAUAUAGGAGACGAUUUACAAAUUGUAAUGAUGAAAAUCUAAAGCACUAACAUUGCACUAUA